GAAGGCGAAGUAAACGAAGUCAGCCAAAGCCGCCAAAGCCGUGAAGCGUGAAGCUCCAAACCGCUCCAAACACUGUGCUCGUGGCUGACCGAACGCGAAGCGUUCAUGAUCAGGCCAAGCAAGUGCGGUAAAUAAUCACCGCGUUGUUAGUGUAUUUGCUCGUUUAUGGUGCUCUUUUCAGUUGUAGUUCACAAAAAUCUCGCAUUCAUCUGUUUUGCACUCUUCAUAAUCAAGCACCCGAAAGGCCAUGACUGAUGAAGCCGCAAUCAUGGGCAAGUUAGAGUGCUUGAAAGAAAUCAGAGCACGUACGGUUCAGAUGGAAAAGCUCAAGUCGCGGCUCAGGCACGAAAUCGAGUCCACAGAGAACGAGGAGCGAUGUCUUCAAGAGUAUCGCCACGAAAUGGAGCUACUGCUUCAGGAAAAGAUGGCCCACGUCGAGGAACUGCGGCAGAUCCAUGCCGACAUUAAUGUGAUGGAGACCGUCAUCAAGCAGUCUGAAGAGGACAGGAACAAGCACCUGGACGGUGCCAAGCAGAUGCACCACGAGUACAAGCCACUCAAGGAUCUCGUCGACAAGCUCCGGCUGGAAAUUGGUCUUCAGAAGCUGCCAGAACUGCACGAGGAGGACCAGACCUUCAAGCCAGAGUUUUUCGAGAAGCAGAAGACGGAGUGGCACCAGAGCGACAUGGCGGAAGCAGCCCUGCCCCCGUCCCUGGCCGCAGCGGUGCAGCAGAUGCAGCAGCCGGGGAGGAGCAAGGCUCUCGCCGAACGCCCCCAGCCCUCGGCCUUCCGCCAGCAGCCCCCGCCCAUGAAGGCAUGCUUGUCCUGCCACCAGCAAAUCCAUCGCAAUGCACCCAUUUGCCCUUUGUGCAAGGCAAAGAGUCGCUCCAGGAAUCCCAAGAAGCCCAAGCGAAAGCUCGAAGACUGAGUCGACCAUCCCUGGACCCUGAGAGCCCCUCGCAUCUCAUUUCACUGGUACGGAUCGAACAAAUCCCCAUCAACACAUUGAGUGGCUCAUAUGUUCACUUAAAUUUCAUCUUUAAAGAAUGUCAGUACAACAAUUUAAGGGGGUGGGCAUAAGGCAUGCAAAGCUGGCCAGACAUGGUAUGUAGCUUUCUUAUUUUUGUCUUGCAUUUUAAAAGGCAUGGAAAGAUUGUGAAACAAGUAAGACUAAUUUUUUUUUUUUCCUUCUUUUUUGAGUUGGGCAAAUUUGUGGCUGGAGUGUAAAUUUAAACCAUGCUUAUUAUUCACAAGUAUGAGUGUAUUUUUGGAGAAUGCUUUUUUAGGGGGAAAGCAAGGCUUUCGCCCCAAAUCCCCCAACCACAUGUACUGUGCAAACCUAAAAACAUUAAUUAGCAGGAUUUUCAUCUGUCGUUUUACCUCAGCACCUUCACUUAUUGUUGCAUCAUUUACCCAGUCCUGCUGCCAAGCUUUUAAAAGCAUUGAUUUCAGUCUCAAGGAGCAAAUCAAUACUAUGCUAUUGUUAAGCUUUUGCUGCAAUGACCUUAUUGUUGGUAUGUUCAGUGAUUUUAAUUACUGUGAUAGUGAAGUAAUGUAACUACUAUGGUGUGUGAAGUCACAUUUCAAUUUAUACACAUUUAUAAACAAGACCAAAGAAAGUGGGUGGCACAUGUAGCAGUGUUUGCUAGAUAGAAGUGUAGAAGUCUGAGAGUCUAGUUGUGAGAAAAGAUUGUGCAGUUUAGCAUCGAGGCUGGUUAUGAAUCUCUGCAACUUCUGCAAGCUAAUGCCCAGUUCAUUCAGUAUGUGGGCACUCGCAGUAGCUGGCUCGACGUCUAUCCAGUGGCGCCUGCUUUUAGAUGUGUCCAUUAAACACCUUUGUAGUUUAGUGUUUGUAAUUGUCCUGCCAUUGUAGCCAAGAGCUGUCACCAUUUAGAUUAGCACCUCAACUUGGUCACCAGAGUUCCAUGCAGCUGUAGUGAUCAUAAAAGUAACCAUAGCUGCCAUACAAGAAACACAUUCUGUAUGAAUCAUACUACGUGCCAAACUUGUGUUUGAUGGAAUGUAUCGUGCUAGGUUUGCCAGUCUUUGUACUUGUAGGAUGCCGGAACCAAAUUGAAAAUAAAGCCACUUUACACCA